AUGGCGCGAGAGAAUUUCGCCAACGUUCGAAAAACAUGGCUUGGUCUGUUGAAUAUGAUUUUGGCCAUGGCUACUAUCACAGCUGAUUCAGAAGGCGCCAGUGCGGACACGCGCAUCGCCGAAUCUGAUGUUUUCUAUCAGCGUGGUCUGGGGCUUUGUGGUGGUGAGCUGUGGCGCGGUACCACUUUGGAGCUUGGACGGGAUUUUGUUACUUACACAGGGACAGUCCAGUUCCACCUCUUGACGGGCCAAUAUUUGCAGGGCACUCAGAAGUCUGUGCAGGUUUGGACUGUGCAUGGACUAGCAGUAAAAGGCGCUUUACAGCUUGGACUUCACUCUCAACAUGCAUCUCGCCAAUUCGAUCCCUUGGAGCAGGAGUCUCGAAAGCGUACUUGGUAUUGCUGUAUUAUGCUGGACAGAACACUGAGCAUGACCUUUGGCCGACCGGCUGCUAUUCCGGACAGCUAUGUGAAGCUGGAACUACCUUCAGUGCACCAAUUUGAGUCUUCAUCGGAUGUAGUGGACGCCGAGACAUCUAGCCUCAGCGUCUCUUUUUUCAACUGCACAAUCACAUUGUAUAAAAAUCUGUGGAAAAUCCUUGACUGUCUAUACGGCCAAAACAUCGGCUGCGACGACCCACUAGACAUCAGUCCAACCUUCACUCACAUCUUUCAACUCCAGGAAGGUUUAUUCUCCUGGGAAAAAGCGCUUCCCGUCUCCUUACAACUAAUCACCAAGACCAGCAUGGAUGAGAUACCUCGAGAAAAGCUCCCAAACACCUAUUAUUCUUCCUGGAAGUUCCGGGUCAUUUUGACACUACGCUUCCUGAACCUUAAAAUCUUGCUCCACAGACCCAUUCUCGUCAGAUUCAUCAUGGCCAGUCGAUCUCCUGACCGCGACACUUACGACAUCAGAAUGCUACGGUCUAUGGGACUGAGCAUUGUGGAAUCCUGCACCGAUUCUGCCAUGCAGAUAAUCGACCUUGUCUACCGAGUGGUUUCGGACCCGGAAUUGAAGAAAAGCUUGUUGGGCGCAUACUGGUACUCGCUUUACUACACCUUCAACGCCGCUUUGGUCAUUCUCGGCGCUAUUUGGGUUUACCGCGACACAAGCCUGACAGGCUCACCAAUGCUCGCAAAAGCAAGCGAAUUAAGAGAUUAUCCCGGUCGAGCAGUUAUCGCGCUCUCCAAAUUGGAUAAUGGGAAUAGGCUGAUUGAUCGGUGCCGGUGCUUCUUGGAACAUUUUAAUAAAAUAUUAGUGGAUCCUGGUGAGUUUCCUCUUUCGAUAUAUCUAUCUUAUGUAUGUCUUUUUCGCUAUUCAAAGAGUUGUUUAUUAAAAUUCAUACUAUGCAAUACAGAUACAGAAGGCCCGACGCCUUUGUUCCCAUCGUUGGGUAUGGGUUCCGAGGAUCUACCGGCGGCAGACUUUGAUUUCUCGCCUUUUGGUAUGGAGCUUGGGGAAUUUAUGAUGGAUGAUGAUUUGGUGGCCAUGAUCGAUAGACAGAGUCUUUUGCCGACAGAUGCUGGAUCGGGCUGA